CACCACACUAAUUUAUAGAAGAUUAUAUAAUAAAAUGCAAAUUUACUGUAGGAGAGUGCACUACGGAUCAGACAGGCUUUAACAGGGAAAUCAGAAGAAAUUUCUGUAGAUUUUCUUUGGGGCACAUGGAGAUGUCCAUCACGAGGAGGACUUUUCGCCAGGAAUUGUGCAUGAUUGCUUGCUACGGUUUCAGGAAAUUGAUUUUUCUCCCUGAAGAGGGGAGCGGUGAUGUCUGUGGUACAUCGUCUGAGGGCAGGGUGGCUCGUGGAUCAUCUGUCUUUCAUCAACCAGUGUGGCUAUGAGAUCUGUGACUCCCUUGCAAACCCGGGUGGUGCCACCCUCCGUCCUUCUGUCACUUCUUCUGAAUAUCAUGAUGCUUCUACGUUUCCUGCCACCUCCUCGAAAGACAGUCCUGGUCUUGGAGAUGCUGUAGAAGAAACAGAAGGUAAAACAGCUAAAACAAGAUACGUGUUUCGGGAAGAAUUCUUUGACAUUUCUAAGCCCCACAUAGCUGCAGCUCCUGAGCAGCAGCUGUUGCAGGGAGAUCCAGAGGUGAGUCUUGCAGAAAUAAAGGCCAGCAGCAGUGCAGAGGAACCCCAAGAAGGAACCAAGAGUGGUGGUGAAGAUUCUGUUGCUGUUGCUAGGAAGCAGAAACGUAAAAGGAAAUGUGUAUUCAACCAAGGUGAACUGGAUGCCUUAGAAUAUCAUACAAAGAUCAGGAAGCUCAUUUGGGAAGGCACUUUGCAUUUAGUCCAAGAAGGACUCAAAAGUGGUUUUCUUCACCGUGCUACUACAGAACUCAGUUGCGGGAAGAACAUUGUUCCUGGGCACAUUGACUGUGGGUUGGCUGAAUUAUGUGAAAUGGCAAAGCAGUUUCCAGCUGUAAAUGACAGUGACCAUCCAGCCGUGCAUGUGCUAGACGAUGAAACCUCCAGUCCAGAGCAGGACCUGCUUUCGUGUGUUACAGAGAACAACUCAAACUGUGCGAAGAUUGUUGUGUUAAUGGGGCAGAAGUACUUGGUGCCACCAAAAAGCAGUUUCCUUUUAUCUGAUAUUUCAUGUUUACAGCCCCUGCUGAACUACAAGAAAAAAUACGAUGUAAUAGUGAUUGAUCCACCAUGGGAGAACAAAUCUGUUAAAAGGAGUAACAGAUACAGCCACUUGUCUUCAUGGCAAAUCAAGCAGAUUCCUGUAGCAGCACUGGCUGCGCCAGAUUGUCUUAUCGUCACGUGGGUGACUAACAGACAGAAGCACUUGCGUUUUGUUAAGGAUGAACUUUAUCCUCAUUGGUCCGUGAAAACGCUUGCUGAGUGGCACUGGGUAAAAAUUACUAGAUCUGGAGAAUUUGUUUUACCCUUGGAUUCUUUCCACAAAAAGCCAUACGAAGUUCUUAUACUGGGGAGAGUUCAAGGAAGCGUGAAGGAAGCCCAAAGGAAAUCUGAAGACAUACUUCCAAUUCCAGAACAUAAAUUAAUUGUCAGCAUACCCUGCAGCCUGCAUUCACAUAAACCCCCUCUCACUGCAGUUCUGGCAGAGUUUGUCAAACCAGAUGUGGAGUGCUUGGAGUUGUUUGCUCGCAACCUGCAGCCUGGCUGGACCAGCUGGGGAAAUGAGGUUCUGAAGUUUCAGCACAUUGAUUAUUUCACUGUUUUGCAGAAUGAAAACUGACUGGGUCUUGUAGCUUAAUUCUGGAAUUCCACUCCUUCCUAGCAGCCUCAAGAACUUGCUUUUCUUAUGGGUAGUGCACUCAGAAGGUAACAGAAAUGAAACUGACUGCACUUCAGUUAAUUCCUGCAGUGACAGAAUAUCUGUUUAAUAGUAUCUUAAGAUUUGUACAAGCUGUUCCCAUAUUUUGAGGAUCCUGGAAUAGUUAAAUACUUAUGUUAGAGUGUACCUCCAUCCCUGAUUUUUUUUAAUUUUUUUUUUUAAACCUCAGGAAAAGGAAGAUAUUUUUGAGUAUUCUUAUUUCCAACUAUCAUAAAUCUAAGCAUCAUAAGUGCUACAGCAUUACACACAUAAUAUAUUCUUUUAGAGUGUAAUUUUUAAAGAGUGGCAAUCAGAGUAAAUAGUUCAGCAUUACAAAUGUUUCCUGAAAGUAGAUUAAUCUUUGCUAAACAGUGGAUUUUGAACUAAAAUAAUUACGAAGGCAAAGUAUUCUCCUGCAUAUUUGUAUCUGUCUGUCAACCUCCGAAGAAAUACAGGGGGCAAUGCUUGUGUUAAUUGGCAAAUGAAUUGUUGAUCAAGUGCAUUCUAUGAAAAAAUUAGACUUUAAAAAGUCAUCAAUUCCAUCUUUCUGUGUAUGAUAAUUCUAUGAAUAUAUUGUGAAUGAUAAAAGUCUCAAUCACCUUACAAUAUCUGCAUAUUUUUUCAGUUAAAUCUAAGAGCUUAACUGAUUUAACUGAAAUUUUAAUAGACUUUAGAUAUUUUAUACAUUCUCUUCUCUUAUAUUCGUGAAGCAGAAAAAAGUUCUCACAGUGAGCUGUAUUUUUCAGCUUACCUAAAAAUUGUCUUAUAAGAAUAGUGCAUUUUGUGUCUUUUGCUGCACUUAGACUUGCUUUGAAAAGGAAAAAUUAGAGACUUAUUGAAGCUCUGCCUCUUGCUCAUUUGCAGCUGUAGAGGCAGAAUGGCUGGACAGUGUUUUUCAUGAUGGCAAAUUCCUGUGUUCUGACUGCUCAUAAUGGGGAACAAAAUGCAUUGCAUGCAUUUUCUUUUUACUUUUAUUUCACUUUCGGUAGUCUGAUGUGCUGGUGAAGUUUUAAUUUAAAUCUUUUAAUGUUAACUGACCUUUUUUAUGGUUUUGUAAUAAAAAGUAAAAUAAAA